AUGCUGUCAGUUUCGCCGAAAAAUCGAGAAUCGCAAUCUAGCGUGAGUAGAUUAUCUAUAGAACUUCUGAUAUCUAGUGAUUUCAUUUCAGAAUGGUCAAGAUUCGUGGUCGAAAACGUUUCCAACAAAUCUCGAAGAACAGGGAUUUUCGAAAGAAUUUGUCUAUCGAUUCGUUUUGUUGUCGUCGGCAAUGAUUUUGGAGAAGCGGCGAUUGUUGCCAGAUUCGUGUUUCCGACGAAGAGUUAUUGAAAAAUUGCAAAUCUCGAACUACAGCCUGGAAAACGAGAUUUCGAAACGCUUGAAAACCAAAAUCGAUUCUUUGAAACCGGCGCUCGAACAAGGAUAUUUGGCGGAAUUUGCCAUUGUUUUCUAUCGCAAACCGGAAGAGGAAGAUGUUUUUGAAGUGUUUUCGUUCAAAUUCGCCUAUAAAGAAGAUGGAAAACAAGUUGCGCUUUCGCUUGCAACGUGAGUUUCUUUUUCUUGAUACAAUACAGCUCCAGAAAUUAUAAAUAUGUGUUUCAGAGGCGUGAACACGGAGGAAAUGCAUUCUCAUUUGAUCGACUUCGAAUUCCAAAGUUUGGACUCAAUUCGUCAAGAAUUCAUAAGAAUGAUGAAGAUUCUUCAUCGAUAUGUUAGUCGUGGAUUGGAAGAUCUUCCGGAGAACUCGGAUGGCAGUUUUCGAAUUGCCUACACUUCUAGUAAGUUUUUUAAAAUAGAAUCCUCAUGAGCAGGAGCAGCUUUGAAAAAUAAUACUCAAAAAUAUAUUUUUCAGAAGCACCCGCUGAUUAUUGCCCCGAAGGAUUCGAAAAAUCCGAAAACUUCUAUCAAAUCAACACAGCAGCCGAUGGAAUUGCUGAAGUUGGUGUUAUUGGAGGAGGACACCAUGCUGUGCAAAUUAUCGGCGCAUCGCUUCUCAAAAAAGCGAAUGUCGCCGAUUUUAAUAAAACUAUGGCUUCGUUGGAAGAUUCGUUCUUUGUACAGGUAAUUUCUAACAAACGAAGUGCUCAGGUGCUGAACUUUUGAUGAAACAGCGAAAUAUACCAAAUCGACCACGCUGAUCACGAAUCCAAAGGCAAAAAUUGCUACAAACUCCUGUAAGAACUUUUCUGGAGCUUCAAAGUCAGAGUUUUAGGUUUUGCUCAUUUUCACCUUGUUCCAGGGUGGAAAAUUAACUUCUAUAACUUGAAUGAGGUUGUUCAACACAUUCGACAACCUAUUCACUUUUCAGUUUAUCGAAAAUAUCAACAACCAGCUGAAAAAUGUAAAUUUUGAAAAUGCACAUAAAACUUUGUAUUUAAAAAUUACAGUUUUCAGCUGGUUUAAAAAGCUAAUAGGUUAUCGAAUGGUGAACAACCUUAUUCAAGUUACAGAUGUUGAUUUUCCACCCUGUAACAAGGUGAGAAUGGACGAAAACCUGAAACUUUGGAGCUCCAGAAAAGUGCUCACAGGAGUUUUUAGCAAUUUUUGACUUCGGAAUCGUGAUCAGCAUGGUCGAUUUGGUAUAUUUCGAUGUGUUUCAUCAAAAGUUCAACACCUGCGCUUCCAAGAAACCUCAUUUCAAUGUAUUUUCAGAACAAAUCCGCCGCCGCUUCUGCCAAAACCCCAAAAGCCACCAAAUCAACAUCCGUCAAAAAGACACCAAAACCUGCCGCCGCAAAACCCCGAGGAAAGCGCUACGGCGCGACCGAUCCAAUUCGCGGAACACCAAUUCCGCGCAGAUCGAGAAAUGCGGACAUCUUGUAA